GGCCGGCCCCGCCAUGGCGCAGCACCUGAGGUUCCUCGCCAGGACCGUCAUGGUGCAGGAGGGCAACGUGGAGGGCGCCUACAGGACCCUCAACAGGAUCCUCACCAUGGACGGGCUCCCUGAGAGCAUCAAGCGGCGGCGCUACUAUGAGAAGCCAUGCCGCCGGCGGCAGCGGGAGAGCUAUGAAACCUGCCGGCGAAUCUACAACAUGGAGAUGGCCCGCAAGAUCAACUUCUUGAUGCGAAAGCAUCAGGCAGACCCGUGGCAAGGCUGCUGAGGGUCCAGGCUGGAAGCCCUUCUCCGGAAGUGUCUCCUCUGCUUUCUGUUUCUGCUGACCUCUCACAAUAAGCUCAGGUUCAUGUAAAAAAAAAAAAAAAAAAAAA